CCACUCCCCACCGCCAUGGCGCCGGCGAUGGGGAUGAAGCGGCCGGCGGCGGCGGCGACGCAGACCGUGACGCUGCCGGCGCCGCCGGCCGUGCGGGAGGCGGUGCGCGUGGCCGUGCGGGAGGCCGCGGCCGAGGCGCAGGCCCCGACGACGCCGCCCCCCCUCCCGCCGAGGGCGGCGCCGGCGGUCGCGGUGGACGGGUUCCUGUGCAUGGAGGAGGUGGAAGGGAGGAGGUGGAGCUACGUGGUGGAGGGGGGCGCCUCCCCCGGGAAGGCCGGGAGGGUCGGCGGGAGGGGGAGGGGCGGGUCCGCGUUGCCGAUGGGCGUCACCUUCAAGGCCGUGCCGCUCCAGUCGCCGCUGCCGCCCGUCGAGGAAAUAAUGUCCUUCAUUAGGUCAUAUGUUGUGCCUGAAGGCUUUCCAGAUAGUGUCACUCCUUCAUAUGUCCCAUACAUGUCAUGGAGAGCAUUGAAGCACUUCUUUGGUGGAGCAAUGGGCGUGUUUACAACAAGAACCUUGCUAAACUCACUUGGAGUUGCUCAAAGUAGGGCUACAUCUGGUGCUGUGGCUAUUAACUGGAUACUCAAGGAUGGUGCUGGCCGUGUUGGAAAAAUGAUUUUUGCACGGCAAGGGAAGAAAUUUGACUAUGACCUAAAGCAGCUCCGCUUUUCUGGCGAUCUCUUGAUGGAGCUAGGAGCUGGGAUAGAGUUAGCUACUGCAGCUUUCCCCCAACUUUUCCUACCUAUGGCUUGCAUCGCAAAUGUUGUUAAGAAUGUUGCUGCUGUUACAUCAACCUCCACCCGUACACCAAUCUACAAGGCAUAUGCAAAAGGAGAAAAUAUUGGAGAUGUCACUGCGAAAGGAGAAAGUGUUGGGAACAUCGCUGAUCUGUUGGGAACUGGUUUGAGCAUUUUAAUUUCUAAGAGGAAUCCAUCAUUGGUGACUUCAUUUGCCUUCUUGUCUUGUGGCUAUCUCCUUAGUUCAUACCAUGAGGUGAGAUCUGUUGUGCUGAACACUCUAAACAGGGCAAGAUUUACUGUGGCAGUGGAUUCCUUCAUUAAGACAGGACAUGUUCCCUCAUUGAAAGAAGGAAACUCACAGGAGACAAUAUUUAAUCCACCAUGGCAGCAUCAACCAGUUGCAAUAGGAUCAAGAUUCGGAGAGGCAUUUCAGGAACCUGCUUCUUUUGUUGCCAUAAGGCCUUUGUUUGAGGAUGAGAGGUACAUUGUUACAUAUAACCCAAUAAAGGACAAGGUAUAUGCUUUGCUCAAGGACCAAGCAAAGCCAGAUGAUAUUCUCAAAGCUGCUUUCCAUGCACAUGUAUUACUACAUUUUAUUAAUGCAUCACAUGCUAACUUGAAUGCUCGGAAGCGGAUGAACUCCAAUCGGUCAUACCAAAAUGCAAACCCGCUGAACAUGGACUUUAUACCACACAUCGCAGAAUCUUGUAAGAUUGUCACUUCAUCAUAUGGAGUUUUCAAGAAGAAAGCGAGAGAACAGGGAUGGAUAAUGUCAGAAUCAUUGCUUAACCCUGGGCGAGCUCGAUUGUGUGGAAUAAUACCACAAUGAUCCUUAGUAUUCAUUUCUGAUGGUUGAAUGGAUGGUAUAAUUUUAUUUCAUACAUCGGAUUCCGACCUUAUGUGAGUCAGCGAGCCAGCGAGCCUCAUUGAAGUGAAGUACUUGGCAUGCAUCCCCAAGACCGGAAGACAAGGAAGGGUGCUUCAACUUCAUUUACAGCUCUUCUUCAGGGGCCAUUGGUCAACAUCAUUAGGUAUGCUGACUCAUGGAAGAUGGGGAAGGAUCGAUCGACUAACCCGAAAGUUUACUGGACUAACAAGCUCUUGUAUAUCUAUCUCACUAUCUGUUUUAGUACUCUGUAAUCUGUAUAAUGAGACGGCUAUCCGCCCUAUAUUAGUCGGUGUAUGUAUUGGCCGGCCGAGUUCUUGUUUCGACUCAUUGACUUCGUUUCUGCUAACUUUGCGAAUCAGUUGGUGUUGUAAAUGCCAGUUUUUCCAUAAAGAAGACCUCUGUUUGAUUCCA